AUGGGUCUUGUCAGUGGUGCCCAUGAGACGCUAAGUUUGCAUUCUGAUUCGCCUCGUUGCCUUGAUUCAGUAAACCUCAAUCCAGCAGCAAAUCCCAACCCAACAGACCUUGCUUCGGCAGACCUUGCUUUGGAAAACAACCCAGCACAAUCUUUGAAACAGCUGGACUCACAGGAACUAUAUUCCCCUGCUAGUCAUAUGGUUGAAAACCACCUUUUACGAAAUAGUUCAGAUACAGAAAAUGAUCAUUCUUUACCCGAAGCAGAUUUGGAAGAUGUGCACUUUCCCCAACCAACCUUGAAAGCACAUGAAAUUGGAAUAGACUCUGGCAUGGGCUUGGGCUCACCGAUACAUGAAAAAUCAAAACAAUUUGAUGAAAAAAACUCAACAUCUAUAUCCAACGGCUCUAUCAAAAACCAAGAUAUCAAGGAAAAGGAAAAGGAAAAGGAAAAGGAAAAGGAAUCAAACGGUUAUAGUCAAUCCACGUCAGAAGAGUUGUUAAAUACAGGUGAAAAUCAAGAGCCGAAUAAAGUAGUCUCUUUGAAAAAAGACGUUUUAAAGGAUGACUCUGUGCUUGAUAAUCACAUUGAUCACAGUAACAACAACAACAACAACAACAGCGACACUUUUUCGGGAAUGCCACCAAGAAUGCCUGGAACCUUUAAUGUCAAUGCAUUAAAAAACUCAGGAGAUCAUGAUGUCCAAUAUAGCGAAUCUAGACAUGCAAUGAAUAACAAAAACGAGAGUGAAGAUUCAUUCUUUGAAAGUCCACUAAACGCCUCAAGUGAUGCCAUAGUAAAUUACUCACCCGUCAUAAUGGAGGAAUCAAGUAUACUAGAAGAAAAAGAAGAAAAGGAACAACACGAAGAAGAAGAAGAACAAGAAGAAGAACAACAACAACAACAACAAAAAGAAGAAGAAGAAGAAGAAGAACAACAACAACAAGAAGGCAGCAAAAACCUUAAAGAGUCUAAAAUCAAACAAGAUAGUCAAGACCUCGAAGAAUUUGAGAUUCAACCAGAUGAAAUAUUUCUAUCAAGUGCGAGUGGCGCUUCAACAAAUGCCAAUGAUGAUGAUGAUGAUGAUGAUGAUGAUGGUGGUGAUGGAGUGAAAAGCAUAUCACGUGACGAGGAUCCUGCUUUCAUGGCAUUUUCUGAAUCAGAACGGGAACAAGUUCAUAGUCAGGACAACAGUCAGUACCAUAGUCAGAUUGAAAGUUUGCCUCAAAGUCAAUAUGAAGGUUUAGAUAAAGAGCACGGGCAUAGUCAAGAUAAUGACGAAGAUCGUGUUCGUGCACUGCUUGGCUCGAGUUUUCUAUUAGAUAGCCAACGUUUGAGUUCGAACCCUGACUCAUCUAGAAUAUCACGAGUAUCACAAUUGUCGAAUUUCAAAUCUUUAUUAGACCCAGGAAAACCAGUUCACCCAUCAAAUUCGCCAUUGGAUAUUGUCAACUAUUUAAAUGAUAAAUACGAUUCAAAUGAUUCUUCAAACAAUGUAUCAAACAUACCCAAUCGGUCAAAAAGCAAUGAUCUGCACGAAACAUCAUCACCAGUAUCACUAUUUGAGGACCAACUGCAGAAUUAUACAAUCACCAGUAUGAAACAAAAACAUCAGUUCAAUCAGACACCUUCACUCGGCCCGGAGAUACCAGAUGCGCCUCCCCCUCGACAUUACAGGGAUACUAUGAGCAACUCAACAGUAAUCAGAACUCCGCAAGGUAAGGAAGACAAUUCAUCAGAAACAACUGCAACUGCUCCCGUGGCAUCUUCUCUGAACAGUUUAUCAGCUCACAAUCAAACGAAAGCAAUCACUCCAGUUCUGCAAAAUCCAACAAGGUUUUUAAGCUCUUCAUCGUCAACUUUGAUAAGCCCGACUCAAGUUGUAAAUGCUAAUAUUGCUACACCUCGAGAUAAUUCUACUCUUGCAUUUUCUUCGUCACAAUCACCAAGGAGUUUAAAGAAAAGAAUGAGUAGCAAAAAAGUGCGAGAUGUUUUUUCUUCCAUGUUUAAUAAAACAAGGUCUUCUCAAAAUGGGCCACCGUCACCAGAACUUAAUAUGAAGAUAAGUACGCCAUUCAAUGCUAAACAUGUAGCUCAUGUUGGUGUUGACGAUGAUGGUUCCUACACAGGCUUGCCACCGGAAUGGGAAAAAUUAUUGGCAGCUAGUGGUAUAACGAAGAGAGAACAACAGCAGCAUCCUCAAGCUGUCAUGGACAUUGUUGCAUUUUAUCAAGAUACUAAUGAAAACUCUGAAGACAAUGUUUUCAAAAAAUUUAAGUUUGAUAAUAAUCAAAGCAGUUCCAGUUGGUCGAUUAAUAACAGUAGUAGCACGCCGCCAGCAACACCCAGUGGUAAUUCGGAUAGCCCACAGCGUACACUGACAUCAUCGUAUUUCGAAAGAAACACCGAGGAUGUAGAUCAACCACAAGACCAGACACCUACACAAUAUAAUCAAGAUGACACUACAGUGCAAACACCGCAAUCUAUACCAUCACAGCCAAAGACCCCCAGCAGCUCGCUGCACGAACACCUGUUUAUUCCAAGUAGACCGGCACCAAGACCUCCUGCAACUCCAGUUUCUUCCUCUACUCAUACUAUCAUCACCAAGACUACUCCUAAUAUGAAAUCUUCUACACCACAGCAGCAAAAACAGGAACGGAAACAUCUGGUGGAGAAUAACUCUCCAAUCCGGAUGAACACUCGUUCACUUUCCCAUAAAUCUUUGAAAUCCUUAAGGUUCAAAAAGGUUGGUAGUGGUGGUGUUAAUGGCAAUAGCGGUGAAAAAUUCAGCAAUAUUCCACCACCACCUCCUCCUCCUCCACUUCCAAUUAGUAUUCCGAAAUCUAAAUCCCAUUCUGCUUCUUUAUCACAACAGAUCAAACAAACGUUGUCGGGGCCAACCACAGCACCAAUUUCGCAAAGCGCCAAAUUUGAUGAUGGCAAUAUUCUUCCUAGACAAAGGAAACAUGAGUUUAAAUCGCAUAGGGCACCUCCGCCUCCGCCUACACUAGCUGGAGCACCGCAUCAACAAAAUGUACCACCGAGAAAUGCAGUACAACAAGCACUAGAUGAAGUUGCUACUUCUUCUUCUUCUACUUCUUCUUCUUUUUUGCCUGCAAACACCAAAGAGGGUCUCCAAAGUAAAUAUCAAGAGGUACAACAAAGACUUCGAGAGCAGAAAGCUAGAGAGCUCGCUGAGAUUCAAAGAAAACAAGAGGCCAAAACGCAACUUGAACAGCAACAGCAGCAACAGCAGCAACAGCAGCAACAACAACAACAACAACAACAACAACAACACCAACAACAACAACAACAACAACAACAACAACAACAACAACAACAACAGCAGCAGCAGCAGCAUCACCAUUUACCGCACUCACGGGGAUCGAGUGAUAUCCCGACUGCUGCCAGUGGCGGUGCUGCACCUUUCCCUCCUUCUCAUAUGCCAUCAUCAUCUAAAGUAGGAUCAGGACCAGUUCGUGACGCCAAGCAAGCUGCGCUCAUUGCACAAAAAAAAAGAGAGGAUAAGAAACGAAAAAACCAGCAAAUCAUUAGUAAGUUACAAAGUAUAUGUACUUCAGGAAAUCCUAACGAGCUAUACAUUGACUUGGUCAAGAUUGGACAGGGUGCUUCAGGAGGUGUUUUCAUUGCGCAUGAUGUUCAGAAUAGAAACCGGACUGUUGCUAUAAAGCAAAUGAAUCUUGAGCAACAACCAAAGAAGGAAUUGAUCAUUAACGAGAUAUUGGUGAUGAAGGGAAGUAAACACCCGAAUAUUGUCAAUUAUAUUGAUUCUUAUUUGUUGAAAGGUGACUUGUGGGUUGUUAUGGAGUAUAUGGAAGGGGGAUCAUUAACUGAAAUUGUCACGCAUAGUGUUAUGACCGAGGGUCAAAUUGGUGCUGUUUGCCGAGAAACUUUAAAAGGUUUAAAGUUUUUACAUUCGAAAGGGGUAAUACAUCGUGAUAUCAAAUCUGAUAAUAUCUUAUUGGAUAUCAAUGGUAAUAUCAAAAUGACUGAUUUUGGCUUUUGCGCUCAAAUUAAUGAAAUUAACCUUAAACGGACGACAAUGGUGGGGACUCCAUAUUGGAUGGCACCUGAGGUUGUAUCACGUAAAGAGUAUGGACCAAAAGUUGAUAUUUGGUCGUUGGGUAUUAUGAUUAUUGAAAUGAUUGAAGGUGAACCUCCCUAUUUGAAUGAGACACCCUUGAGAGCAUUGUAUUUAAUUGCUACUAAUGGAACACCUUCACUAAAGGAACCAGAAGCCUUGAGUUAUGAUAUUAGAAGGUUCUUAUCGUGGUGUUUACAAGUUGAUUUCAACAGACGUGCUAAUGCUGAUGAAUUGUUACUGGAUAAGUUUAUUUUGAAUUGUGAUGAUGUUAGUAGUUUGAGUCCGCUUGUGAAGAUUGCUAGAAUGAAGAAAAUGAACGAUGAUGAGUAA